AGCUUUUUAGAAGUCAGUUUUUGAAUACGGGAGGCACAGUAAAUAUAGGAAAAGGGUGUUGUCUCAAAACAACUUAAUUUGAUCCUUCUCUUGAAGGCAAAGCUUUGAGCACAGUUAUCUCUCUGAGUUGCCUUUUCAGAUCCCUAAAGGCAGAGUUUGCUCAACUAGUUGAGCUGGCUCUGUCUUGUUUUUUUGUCAAACUAAGAAGUUUCUUCCUGAUAAAAACAGAAGGCAGCCUUGCUGAUUGGGUGUGGCUUUUGAAAGGAUAUGACAUCAGCCACAUCCCUCGCUUUAUACAGUGUGGUCUGUCUGAUCUCUGGCUGCACACCAAGUGAAUGAGGAGGUGUUUCAUUAAAUCUGCACACAGGUACUCGAGUUACUCUGAAACUGCUGCUGGCACCAAGUUCCAGUCUGCUGCGAAGUCUGCUUGACUUGCACACACGGAGUCUGCUUAAUAAAUUACUUGCAUAACUAGGAUUUUCAUCAGGGAGGAUGGAAUUUGAACUCUCAAGACCAACUGAGAAGUGAAAUAACAGAAAUUUGACUGCCCAGUGUGCAAUGGAUGGUGCAGGAGCAAAGGGAAAUGCCAGUAAAUACCAGGGAGUGGAAGGACAGUCGCAUGCAACUUCUCUAUCAAACCCACUGAUGAGUGAUUUCGUUUCAGACUGGUCUCCCUUACAUGAUGCCUCUAUCCAUGGGCGUUUGCUUGCUCUGAAGAAACUCAUCAAUCAGGGGAGCAGUGUUAACCUCAUUACAGCAGAUCAUGUGUCUCCUCUCCAUGAAGCCUGCUUAGGGGGCCAUCCUGCUUGUGCUAGUGUCCUAUUAAAACACGGGGCUCAAGUGAAUGGAGUUACUAUUGAUUGGCAUACUCCUUUGUUCAAUGCCUGUGUCAGUGGCAAUGUGGCCUGUUUGAAUCUAUUAUUACAGCAUGGAGCCAGCCCACAUGCACCAUGUGAUCUGGCUUCCCCUAUCCAUGAAGCUGCUAAGAGAGGACAUAUUGAAUGUGUUGAAUCCCUCACAUCCAAUGGAGUAAAUAUAGACCUCAACAUCAAACAUCUGGGUACUCCGCUUUAUGUAGCUUGUGAGAAUGAGCAGGUAGCCUGUGCCAAGAAGUUACUUGAAUCAGGAGCAAGUGCAAAUGGUGGCAAAGAACUGGACUCUCCUCUCCAUGUGGCUGCCAGGAAUUCCAACGCUGACCUGGUGCACUUGCUGAUUGACUUUGGAGCAGACGUGAGAGCUAAGAAUGCAGAAGGCAAAAGGCCAGUGGAGCUGGUUCCACCAAGCAGCAUUUUAACACAAAUAUUUGUGCAGAAAGAAGGGCCCCUGUCCUUGAUGCAGUUGUGCCGCCUGUGCAUUAGGAAGUGCUUCGGACACAAACAACAUCAUAAAAUAACUGGACUUCUGCUCCCGGAUGAGCUGAAACAUUUUCUCCUCCACAUUUAAACCUUUUGUAUUCAAAGCCAUACCAGUAAACAUAAGGCGAGGUUUGUCAUAGUGUUGCCAACUCUUGCAAUUUUACUGUGAGUCUUGUGGUAUUUGAUGUUUCUCUGAAAGCUCCAGCUGCUGGAGUCAUGUGCUUAGAUGAGAAUCUCAAUUUUCAUUAAAAAGGAAGUAAUUUUCUAGCCCUCGUGGCUGUGGAGAAAAACUUGAUAACGUGACCCAGCUCAGAAACCAGAAAGCAAGUAACAUGAGGACCAAAUUUAUCAUUUUUUUAAAGAAAAUGAUUUUAAGUAAUCUCAUGAUUCUUUGAGGCCUGAUUUUUGAAUGCUUGGUGUUGGCCAUACUGCACCAAGUACAUAUACUAGUGCAGGACAAACAACAUCUCAGAUUUAUUAAAUAAGAAGGAUGGGUGAAGUCUUGCUUUAAGCAGCAACCCUCUAGGAUGCCCAUGUCAGCUGUAGAAGAUGUUCCACGCUCUUGUUGCCCUUUAUGUAUAAGGAAACGGAGCCAAUUCUAACCCUGCAAAGCAAGCGGGGAGAUUUGGCAUGGGAAAACUGGUUAAUCAUUUGGAGUAGACAAUUCAACUCUUUUAAAGAUGAUCAACGAAUUUGCUGAAAAUUUCUUCCUUAGAAUUCAAAGAAAAGUAAAGGAAAGACAGUGAAUAUCAAUAAUUUUAUUGAGUUAGGUUAUUUCUGCCCUUCAUGUUUUAAACAUGAAAAUAUUAACUAGUUUUAAAGAAUAUUCUGUGUUUUCAGAAUACCCAACAGUGCAUGUAGAUGAGCACCAGCAAACAACUAUCUAUUCAAAUGGGCAUCUGAAACUGUUAGGGGUUUACGUUAUUGGCAUUACACCAUAUAGAUCAUUGUUGAGGUUGGCUUCCUGCAGUGAGGAAAUAGUAGGAAAAUUAUUUUUGAUCAGCCAUUAAAAACACUUAUUCACUGAUGUGUUUUGAGACUUAAUGGCCUCCUAUCUCAGUAUAAUUUCUCCCUUAAGGAUAAAAUUUUUCAAGGACACAGGUUACCACAUGUUGGCAGGGAGUAAAUGUUCUUCCACUUUAUGGUUUGAAUGAAAAGUGAAAUUUCCCAAGGAUUUAUGAGCAGGUCAUCAAAAAGGACAGCUUUAUUUUUUUUCUCUCCAGAAAAAGGUACCAAAGAGUUCAUUCAAAGGGUGAAAUAAAAAUCUUUUCUUGGAAAACAUUCUACCUCUUUCUUAACAUUUCCCACAUGAGAGAGAAUAAAAACAACUAUCUUUAAUGUAGAAUAAUAUAAUAAAUAAUGAAAAGAUCUAAAUACUUAGAAAAGUCCAUCUCAUAUAAAUACUUUGAAAACUCUAAUUAAAAUAAAAUUAGGAGAACGGUACUCUGCUCCCCCCGCCCUUUUUUUUUCUAGUUUAAUUUGCAUGUUGGUCAACCAAACACAAGGGUUUAAAUUCUGACUCCAUUGAAGUCAAUAGCAAAACUCCUAUUAACAUUAGUGGAGCCGGAUUUCAUUCAGCUAUAUUCAAUUUUAAAUUUAUUCACAAAUAUCCUACAAGCUCUUUGAACUCUGAGUAUGCUCUUUUGGGUGAAAAGAAUGAUUAUAGUGCAUUUUAGCUAUUUUCUCUCUCUGCACGUAGCUCUCUACAUUGACUCUCUGUUCAAAGAAUGUUUGAAUCUGAAUAGAGAUGGAUUUGAAGCAAAACCCCAGAACUGCACACCCUGAAUUUGGGAAAGUCUGGAUCAGGAUCUGAGUACAAACUUUCUAGCUCAGUCUCAUCUCUAAUUCUGAAGCAUGGUGCUUUUAUACAGUACUUAAGCAUUAAUAUACCAGGUGCAUAUUCUUCUGGGAUAUCUCCAUACUGUCUGUCUCAAAAGAAUACACGUGUAGAUCCAAAUGCUACUACUCAGUAAAUAACACUUUCAAAAAUAAUUUUCUUCUUUUUCAAUUGCCAAGAGCUCACUAGGAUUGUGUUUCCCAAGCAGAAGCUGACUGCAGUAGUAACAUGCAGAGUGCAGGAAAAUGGUUUGCAUUCAGUGCUGGUGAUAUCAUUAACUUCUGCAGGAGGAAAUACAGAGUCUGUAGCAUGUAAAAGAAAGACACACAGCUUUUCAAAUAGAGCAUCUUGUUUAAAACUUUUCCAAUAUACCUGUAUGGUUUACAUGGUUGACAAACAUGGGGACUUUAAUAGGAUGGCCAAAUUCCACAACUGUAUGCUCAUAUUUGGUCCUUUGUUAUGUAAAAUGAGUAUUUACAUUCCUACUUGGCAUAUAGAUGUGGAAUAUAGACACCCUGCUUAAGGGCUUGAUCCCAUGCUCAUUAAGUCAACAAGAGUACUUCCAUUGAUUUUAAUGAGCAUUGGAUCAUGCUCUAAAUACCCACAUUUGAAACCUCAAAAUUCAACUAUCCAAAUUUUAGGAUCAGAAACGGUAAGUAAUUUUUUCUCAGCAGUUUUGCCACUUACUUUUAAGCUUCUGAUUUUGUGACCUCAAUCAGUGUGUUUGUAGGGCUAAGCUAAUAUCCUGAGAUGCUUAAUCAUAUCAGGUGGUGAGGGCUGGUUUUUUAGCUCUGUUUACCUUUUGAAAAUUUAAUAGCUUGGCUCCGUUUACCUGAAUCUUUUUAUCUUGUAUAACUAGGAUGAAUUCCCUGGGCUCAUUUUGCAUCAUCUCAAUAUAUUUACGUAUUUAUUUAUUUUUAAAUCAUUUGUGAUUGAAACUGAUGGAUUACAGUUUUAUGCAUAGAUAUCCUUGAAGCUGUAAGGUAAACUUAGUGAAAUCUGGAGCGAUUUCCAAACUUGAAAUCAUGCCAAAUGCCACUCAGUUUUUGAAAGACUGUCAUGAAUAUAUUUUUGUAGAUUCUAGGCUGUUAUUUUGUUAAAGGAUUUUUAUUUCAGCAGUUUUUAACAAGAUUAUCCAACCACUAUUGUACAUGAUGUUUGCUCAAAAUAUAUUGUUUUUAUUCCAAGUUUGGUUUUCAUUUUUUAAUUAGAGCACCAAUUUUGCAUUAUGUUUUAAUAUUCUGGAGUCCUAGGUUGAGGUCUAAUACUCUGGCUUGUAACAGGGAGCUAACAACUUUAUUAAUAGUAUGCAGACUCUCAUCAUAAGUUGGAAUCCUGUCUGAGUCUGGGGCUCUUGUAACCACAGUACUUUUCCUUUAAAAAGUCUGAAGAAUGCUGUGAUAAGAGCUGAAGCAGCUGUUUGUCCCCUGCAGCCAUGUGGGAGCUGGAUUUCUCUUGAAGAUUUCAGUUGUCCCUGCAACAUUUACAUGAAAUAAAUACACAAAUUAUUGUCUCAUUCUUUUAAAA